GUUAUUUCUCUGGCUUCCUACUGGCGAUUCUAGAUAAUUCAAAACAUACCCGGUGUUAUUAAAAAUUUAAAAAAUAAAAAAAAACUAUCCUCAUAAUCUCCGGAAGUUCUUCUUCUCUAGAGAAUCCUUAUCGUUCAGGCCGAACUGUAGCCAGUGCCAUCUCUUAUUUUCUGUGCCUGAGAAUUUAAAUUCUCAAAACCAAUUCAAAAUGAAUUUCAAAGUUAGUCAAAUGGAGAGGCUCUCCUGGAAACUCAAAUGCAUGGUCAAUAAAUACACAAACUACCGUCUGAGUACAAAUGAAAACCAAAUAAUCGAUACUGAAUAUGGACAAAUUAAGGGUGUCAAACGAAUGACGGUCUACGAUGAUUCUUACUACAGUUUCGAGAGUAUACCAUAUGCUAAGCCUCCAGUGGGUGAGUUGAGAUUCAAGGCACCCCAAAGACCAGUACCAUGGGAGGGUGUACGUGAUUGCUGUGGGCCAGCCAACAGAUCGGUACAGACAGAUUUCAUAAGUGGCAAACCCACAGGAUCGGAGGAUUGUCUAUACCUGAAUGUGUAUACCAAUGAUUUGAAUCCUGACAAAAAACGUCCUGUUAUGGUUUUCAUCCAUGGCGGUGGUUUUAUUUUUGGCGAAGCUAAUCGUAACUGGUAUGGGCCCGACUACUUCAUGAAGAAACCCGUGGUUUUGGUAACCGUGCAAUAUCGUUUGGGUGUGUUGGGUUUCCUUAGCCUGAAAUCGGAAAAUCUCAAUGUCCCCGGUAACGCUGGCCUCAAGGAUCAAGUAAUGGCCUUGAGAUGGGUCAAGAGUAAUAUUGCCAAUUUCGGUGGCGAUGUAGACAAUAUUACCGUCUUCGGCGAAAGUGCUGGUGGGGCCUCAACCCAUUACAUGAUGAUAACCGAACAGACCCGUGGUUUAUUCCAUCGUGGUAUCAUGAUGUCCGGUAAUUCCAUGUGCUCAUGGGCCUCUACAGAAUGCCAAAGUCGUGCGCUCACCAUGGCCAAACGUGUUGGCUAUAAGGGAGAGGAGAAUGAAAAAGAUAUUUUGGAGUUCCUAAUGAAAGCCAAUCCCUAUGAUUUGAUUAAGGAGGAGCCACAAGUUUUGACACCCGAAGAAAUACAAAAUAAGGUCAUGUUUCCUUUUGGCCCCACUGUAGAACCAUACCAGACAGCCGACUGUGUGGUGCCCAAACCGAUCAGAGAAAUGGUGAAGAGCGCCUGGGGAAAUUCGAUACCCACAUUGAUAGGCAAUACCUCCUACGAGGGUUUGCUUUUCAAAUCAAUUGCCAAACAAUAUCCGGAUGCGGUAAAAGAGUUGGAAUCCUGUGUUAAUUAUGUGCCUCGGGAGUUGGCUGACAGUGAACGCAGUGCCCCGGAGACCCUGGAAAGGGCUGCCAUAGUGAAAAAGGCCCAUGUGGAUGGCGAAACACCCACUCUGGAUAAUUUUAUGGAGCUUUGCUCCUAUUUCUAUUUCCUCUUCCCCAUGCAUCGCUUCCUACAAUUGCGCUUCAACCACACAGCUGGCACUCCCAUUUAUUUGUAUCGUUUCGAUUUCGAUUCCGAAGAAAUUAUUAACCCCUAUCGUAUUAUGCGUUUUGGCCGUGGCGUUAAAGGUGUAAGCCAUGCCGAUGAGCUAACCUAUCUCUUCUGGAACAUUUUGUCGAAACGCCUGCCAAAGGAAAGCCGCGAAUACAAAACCAUUGAACGCAUGGUUGGCAUUUGGACGGAAUUCGCCACCACCGGCAAACCAUACAGCAAUGACAUAGCCGGCAUGGAAAACCUCACCUGGGAUCCCAUAAAAAAAUCCGAUGAUGUCUAUAAAUGUUUAAAUAUUGGCGAUGAAUUGAAAGUUAUGGAUUUGCCAGAAAUGGAUAAAAUUAAACAAUGGGCAAGUAUAUUCGAUAAAAAGAAGGAAUUGUUUUAAACGAUGGCAUAGAUGGAGCGGACGGCAGCAGCAGCAGAUGCUGUCGCCUGGAUGACGAUGAGUUGCAAUAUUUUAUUUUUUAUUAAAUCAAUUUUUUUUUAUAUGCAUAUUGUUGUAGCAGUGUUAACAAGUUAAAUACUUAAUGACUGUACUAUUGUAAUCUUUUAAUAUAAUUAUUUCUUUGUUAAUAAAGCCAUUUACAAGUAUUUAAAAAUAA